UAUUAGCUUGCACACAGGGAGAAAUUCAUUCAGGAAAGUUCAUUCAUAAAAAUUGCAACACUCUCCAUAUCAUUUUUAAUAUCUCAGCGUUCCACUGUGAGCUGGAUCCUGAAGGAAGAUAAGUACAAGACCGAGGGAGGUGAAGCAGCAGUCUCCUGAACGCUGAUGAGUCUGUACGGGGAAGCCAAUUUAUGCAACAGUAUCCUGUUUCAGCCCUGCCAAGGCUAUGAGAGGACGCAGUCCGGAGAACCUCAGUGGACGCGUACUGUAUGUAGGACUCUUUGGACACCCCGGGAUGCUGCACAGGGCCAAGUAUAGCCGUUUUCGGAAUGAGCCCAUCACUUCCUUAGACGAAGGAUCUUCUGGAGGUUCAGUCAAUGUCAAAGGUGUACCUCAGACUUCUCCUUCUUCUCCCCUGCCAGUUCACCUGCCUGGGGAAGAUGUCACCUUGGCGGCUCAGGAUAACCCCACCCCACUGUGCACUUUGAUGCCCCGAAUGGCAAGCCUCAGACUGGCCAAUCCAGCAAACCUACUGGGACUGAAAAACUUUUGCCUGGGGACCAGAGAGGUGCCCAAGCUCAAACUCUUGGAGAGCCGGGGGGCAGCUCCAAGCAGCCCAACUUCGCCAGAAGCCAGCAUCUCCCGGGCCACAUCUGCUGCAUCUCCCCAGCUGGAUGUGGAGACUGAGGAUAACUGCAUCCUGCCCACCUCUGAGGCACCACCUUCUCUGGGCAAUCAGGAUGGGUCCUCUCGCCAGCACCUUUUGGGAACAGGCAUGAACUACUGUGUAAGGUACAUAGGCUGUGUUGAAGUGCUGCAGUCGAUGAGAUCCUUGGAUUUUGGCACGAGAACCCAAGUGACAAGGGAAGCAAUAAGUCGCCUGUGUGAAGCUGUUCCAGGGGAAAAUGGACCUAUUAAAAGACGCAAGCCUCCAGUUAAGUUUUUAUCUUCUGUACUUGGCAGAAGUAACCUUCAGUUUUCUGGAAUUAAUAUAAAACUGACCGUCUCAACAUGUAGCCUUACUUUGAUGAACAUUGAUACCCAGCAGAUUAUUGCAAAUCAUCAUAUGCAGUCCAUUUCUUUUGCUUCUGGAGGUGAUCCUGAUACCACAGACUAUGUUGCCUACGUAGCUAAAGAUCCAGUUAAUCAAAGAGCCUGCCACAUAUUGGAAUGUCCCAGUGGAAUGGCUCAAGAUGUCAUAAAUACCAUAGGGCAGGCUUUUGAACUCCGAUUUAAAGAGUAUUUGAAAAAUCCUUCUUCUUUGAAUAUUCCCGGUGAAAGGGAGGAGGUAAAUAUUGAGGACAAUACAGAAGAAAAAGAAGAACAUGAGUAUUACAAUGAAAUUCCGGGGAAGCAGCCACCUGCUGGUGGUGUUUUAGAUGCCCGGAUGAAAGUUCAGACCACAGAGCAAAGAACUUACUGCCCAAUACAAUGUGAAAAGCUAUGCUGUUCGCCCCGGAACCCCAAAUGCAGCAGUGUAUAUGAAAACUGCUUAGAACCCAGCAAGGCAAUAGGCAGUAUCAGUGAAAGAGUUGUGAAGACCCAAAGGGAUCCAGCAUUAAUGAAGCACAAGUGCAGGGUGGAUCUCUUCGAUGAUCCCUGCUACAUCAACACUCAGGCUUUUCAGACAGCAGUCUGCCCUUCUGGAAAUCAAGACCCUGCUCAAGUACUUGGGAGCCCGUUACACUGCGCAAAAGUACCAGAAACAGUUCAACCAAGUGCCACAAGCAGGACGGCCGGCCUGUAUGCUCUGCCCCAAAUUAAACGACAAUUGAGGAAUGAAGACUGUUACCAUGGAAAACUAAGCCGGAAAGCAGCAGAAAGCCUCUUAAUAAAGGAUGGGGAUUUUUUGGUUCGAGAAAGUGCAACAUCACCUGGUCAAUACGUGUUGAGCGGCUUACAAGGAGGUCAGGCAAAACACCUUCUGCUGGUGGACCCUGAAGGCAAGGUGAGGACCAAAGAUCAUAUAUUUGACAAUGUAGGUCACCUCAUUCGCUACCACAUGGAGAAUAGUUUGCCAAUCAUCUCUUCUGGAAGUGAAGUAAGUCUUAGACAGCCAGUAAGAAAAGAGAAUCAAAAAGGCCAUUUGCAACCCUACAAAUGACAGCACUGGAACUCCAUGACCCUGAAAUGCAAAGGAAUGCCAACCUAUGAUAGGAAGAUGGAUUAAAUAAUCUCAAACUUUUUUUCUAAAUAGAAGAGAGCCCUGUCAACCACACCUUCCAAAAGUCAGUAUGGAAGAGGUGUCCUUCUUUGAAGAAUAAAGCUUAACCUUGAGAAAAUGAAAAAAAAAAUCAGGAGAGAAGACAAUCUGCCUAUUUGGGAAAGGAAAUUAAAGCAUGCACAAAUGUCACUUUCAAGGUCACACUGCAUGGAUAACAAGCUGAAAGCACAGUUAAACCACCACAUAACUUGAAUGAACUGCCGAGAGAGUUGUAUGUGCCUUUUGACUUGAGAUAAUUGGGACAUUUUCAUUUUGUUGGAGAGGUUUUAAGUGUUUUUUGCAUUCUAUUCAUUAAGAACAUCUUGCACAACACAAACAUUUGUCUUGUUAAGAAAAAAAAAACACAAAAGAAUGCCAUUUGCUUAAUAGUUACCGACUUUAAUUUCCUUCUUUCUUUCUUCCUUCCUUCCUUUCUUUCUUUCUUUCUUUCUUGCUUUUAGCUGCACUUUAAAAAGCAACAUUUAAAAUUAAUAGAUACUUCUAACACAGGACUGUGUCCACAUAAGUGAGGGACAGGGGUCGGUUUUUUCCCAUUUGUUGUUAGGUUUAAGGCCAACACUAUGCUCUGUAGAAUCAAUAUUUCCAGAUCUUUGUUGUGCAGUCUUAUAGUUGAAACAAAUGGUGGGAAAUUGGACUGACCAAAUCUGUCCAACUUAUCAGAUUUAAGCAGAUUCCUCAAAAUGUUGCCUAAAUACUUCUACAAAAUCAGAAAUAUUUUUGGAAGGAAGUGGCCUCUCUCUUCAUACCUAGCAUGGGUUUACAAGAUGGCAAACAAAUUUUUUUUGUAUGGUACAAACCAAUCUGCAUGGACGUGGAAGCCAGCAUCUCAACAUCUGUUUCUACUUUUUUUGGGGAAACUAUUGCUUCCAGCUUUGUUUCAGGACAUUUAUUUGAAGUGUAAGACAGAGUGUGGGGUGGGGAGGAGCCCCAUGAUUGGCUGUCAGUGAGCCUUGCAUUGUUAUUGUUGGGGUUUUGGGUCUGGACCUGUUAUUUUAUUGGCAUAUAGAACUCCUAAUAUGGAAACUCCCUGAACCAACGCAGACAAAUAACUCAUCUGUCGCUUACAGUUUUUGAGAGUUGCCUGGCACACUGAGCAGUUAAGUGAUUUGCUCAUGGUCACACAGCUAGUAUGUGCCAGGGUAGGGCUUGAACCAAGGUCUUCCUAAGUCCAAGGUUGGCCCUCCAUCCACUAUGUCCCACUGACUCUUUGCAGCAAAUCACAUUAUCCACCUUUUCCAGUUCAGAGUAAACAAAUAGAGAAGGUGAAAAAUGUUUAAAACCAAAUACUUGGAAAAGGUUGACCUUUCCAUAGGCUAUAGUGGAAAGCUCACUGACCUGAGAGGCAAGAGAUCUGAACUGUAGUCCCAGCCCUGCCACUGAAUAACACUGCAUAUAAGCAAAUUUCUGAUCCUCCCCGUACCCUUGUUUACCAAUUUUUUAAAAUGAGGGGUUGGGGGUUGGACUAGAGUUCUAAAGUCCCUUCCAGCUCUAAAAGUCUAUGAUUCUAUGCAUAGCAUUUUUUUUUAAAUAAUUCGAAUCAGAAUUGACAACAGAUCUGGAUAAUUCAGUCUAUAAGUAUUCUUUCCCCUCCUCAAUCCACUGUGUUUGCCCCCAUACAGUGAAAGAGAAUUGAGAAAAUCUUUUAGAUAAUUUAAGAUGAAACCAUUGCCUGAAGAAUGAAGAUAAUUAUGGCAAGAGCAGAUUAUCUUUCUUGAAUUAUCAGAUGAUUAUCUCAGUUCUUUAGUUUUCAGGUUUGUAAUUCUGUAACAAAUUGCUUUAUUCUGAGUAGCUGCCUUAACCUCACUGCAUUUGGACUGUGUAGAUGCAGCUUUGCAAUUGUGAAAUAUUUAUUUACUAAGGUUUAAACAAAUACUAAGAGUAAAUAAAAAAGAGUAAAUGGGGAAUCAUUUUGGGUUUUUUGCAUAGAAAUGUUCAGAGAUGAAGCAUGUUAGUUUCUAUGUUUUUUUUAAUGUCCUGCAUAUAAUUUUUACUACAACUGCCAAUGACUCUUUGGGUAUGCUUGUUUUCUUUUUACAAGUAGGUAAUGUUUUAAACUCAAUUUUGCAUAUGAUCAAUUCUUAAUUAUCUGUGCCAAUGAAGGGGAGUGUGAGUAUGAAUAAUGGAAAAUCAUGAACAAUCCAGCUACUUUGAGCGAGACUGCCUCUAGUUUCCUGGUUAAGGGUAAUGGGGAUUUGGUAGCUGGGCAGCAGAGAGCAGCUCCCAAUACAAAGAGAUAUAAAUAAUCUGUAGUUGACUGUAAUGUGACUCGAGCUGAUAGAUUUGCUAAGUGAGCAAGUAAUACAUUGAGAAAAAUUCACAUUAAAAAGAUUUGAUGCAUUGCUGUACAUUUUAAUCUAUAUUCCCUUCCUGUCUCCUUUGCCUUGAACUGGCU